CCUUGUAUACCACGGACCACCUGGAGUAUAAUAAGAGAGCGUACUGGUACACCAGGUGGUUGUGUGCUGCUCUAUUGUAUUCGCCGUGUUUUCAGUGUGUCUCUCUUUCGGCUGAGUUGGAUUAGAUUUGUGUCGCGUGGGUUUGAGAGAAUGAGGUUGGAACGAGUGGUGUUGUUGCUAUGGUUACCAGCGUGUCUGUACAGUCUCCACUGUAGAGUGGGCGAGAUUGUGAGAAAUACAGUUCUAGACAGGGACGAAGGAAGAACGGUGAUGAGCGACUGUGCCGUGUUUUGGCCCACUGCCAACAAUGCCGCGUGUAAAAAGUUCAAGUAUCGAGUAGUGAACUACUCCAAGGUGUACUACGCCUGCGGUCACUGUGACGGGAGUGGUAACGGUGAAGGUCAGAUGGAGUUCGGUCCCUACGCUAUCUCUAAAUCUCUUACCUCACUCAACGUCACGAAACCAGAUCCUAAGAUAAAAGUAGAAGAGGGGGAGUGUGUGACAUGUACAGAAGAUCUGUGUUUUGAACAUAUCCCCGGUAGAGACUUCAACGCUGGAAUUGGAGUGUCAGUGACAACUUCUCUUCUCCUCUCCACUAUUCUCUUCUAUUUUGUCUGUUGAGAGUGGACUACUUCCUGCUUCCUGGCUCUUAGCCAACUCAGGAACUGUGAACCAAUGACUAAUAGAAUUGGGUAGAGCCAAAAUAAAUAUUCUCCACAAACUCCAUCUCACUUAAAAACCAAGUUUAUCAAGUUUUAACCCCCCCCCACAAAUAUACAAAUGUACAAAGAUGCUGAAUGUGAUUUUACAAACAUUUAUUUUGAUAGACUACCUAGCAGCGAUACUGAAAAUCUUUGAAAAAUUGCUAUCUUUCUUUUAAGGAUAUUAUAUUUAUUGUGUUUUUAUCUUUGUUUGAUUUUGAGUUAUUAUUUAAGAUUGAAUUUAAUUGGUGCUGUAUCAUUUGAUUGUAUUUCUCAUUUGCCA